ACAAAGCAUGCGAGACCUUAAAGCCCCCGUCUAAUGGCCUAAAUGACCUUACGCGUUGGUUAACUUUGUCUUAGGUCAAGGUCCGGCUGAGACCGCUUACUCCAAAAAACGCGGAAGUGUAACGCACAAUUAAAAACGCAUUUGCUGGAUACUCGCAUAAUUAAAAGCGGCAAACAAGUUUGCUUCUAUUUCCUACUGCCAAGCAAACAAACGGGUCUAAAUUGAAUUAGAAACGCGUCAAGAGAGCAGCGCAUAAAUCAUACGCAAACGCAAUGCUUGCGAAAAUUUCACACACACAAGCACACACACUGUGCGAAAUCAAAACAGAGGCGAAAACCUGAGACCCACGUUCAAUUGGGAAUUUAUACGCCUGUCCCGCCGUUUCAGGUCCCAGGCGGCUAAUUGUAGAGCGCAGCGUCAAUGGCGCAUGCGCAACAUUUUAGCCCGCUUUGGGGUUUCUGGGUCUCUGUCUCUGGCGCUUUUUUUUUUUACAGCCCGCUUGCGGUUUCUUUCGUGUAAUUGUGACGCAAUUUUCGUGUGAGUUUGUUUUAGUCUCGCUUCGCCAGUUCGCCAGCUUUGCCACUGACUCAAUACACUGAAAACGAAAGCGGCCACGGAGUUGUGAGCCAAGCCAGUUUGCAAUUGGUGUGUGCCUUGUGCAGUGCAUCACCUUCGGAGGACUGCGUAUUGCAGUCAGUUGCAAUUCACACGCGCCGAAGCUCAGUUCGCUUCCCACUAAGACUAAUAAAACCAGAAACAAAGCGUUAACUUUACGAUAAGAUGCUCCAGCUGUGCACCAUCUACGCCUGCGCGAAUGGCACCUUGGGCCUGAAUUUGAGUCGUGCCCCCUGGGACCCGUAUCCGUGGGUCAGCGGGGUGCAGGCGAAGUCGAAUGCGGAAAUGGGCGGCGUCCGGUUGGGGGACACUCUGCUCGAGCUUAACGGAGCCGAUGUCCUUGGGCUGAGGAUCAGUGAGCUGGCCAGCCGGCUGCAGGAUCACUGGCAGAGCGGCGCUGAGGUCGUGACCCUGAUGAUGUGGCGCCAGCAAGCGAACAUGGCCCCAAAUGAGGAUCCUGCGGAGGCAUCGCACGCUGUGCAGCACGGAAUUAAUCAACAAUCGCUGCAAAAGUUUGCAACAUGCCUGCAACAUAUUUCCCAAUUACUGGAGUGUCCUGUGUGCCUUGAGGUCAUCAAGCCACCUGGCUGGCAGUGCUGCAACGGACACGUGCUCUGCAAUAAUUGCCGCAGUCGCUCCGUAAAGUGUCCGGUGUGCCGGGUUCCUUUGGGGCCGAGGGGCCGCUGUCUGCUGUCGGACAAAUUAUUCACCCUGCUGGCGGAGAGCUUCCCCUGCGACGGCGGGAAAGCCAACAAGGUGACUGCGGCCCAGGGCCAUGAAAAGCUGAGCAGCAGCGUCAACAAGUGCACAAAUGAAUAUCAUAAUCAACCGAAAAUGGCGCUGGCCAAGACGAGUUCCGGCAAGAAGUGCGGCAAGCAAAUCUCCAGGCAACUGACAGUUUCGGUGGACCAAAGCCCAAACCAAAACCAAAACCCAAACUCCAACACAAACCCAAGCCAAAUGCCAAAGGGAGCUGGGGUCGAGGCGAAUGCCCAGGCCCAGACUCCCACCGAAAUCAGGAGGAAAAGUCAGGAGGCUGUCCUGCAACGCUGCACGCUGAUAAAAGUGCAGCACCAGGAGACAAGGACUGCCGAGGAGCUAGGACUCGGACUGGGACUUUCGGGGGAGGGUCACAACAAUAUGCUCGUUAAACCAAAGUUAAAGUUGAGUAAGAAAAGUUGGCGGAUUACAGGGCCAGAUCAAGACGGAUUGCGCUGCGAUGAAGUUGCCACCAUAAAUAAUGUCGAGCAGGUGAGGCAGCAGCAGCAACAGCAGCAGCAACAGCAGCAGCAUCUGCAGCAGCAGCAGCAGCAGCAGGAGAAGGAGCAGUAUCAAAAUUAUCAUUGCCCCACUGGGAAAUCAUGCAGCCUCAGCCACAGCCACAGCCAGGCGGUGGCAAACAAAUUGUCAACAGAGUCGGCAGGAGCGGAUUUGGGCGGUGCAUCCUUAUCAGCGGGGAGCCAUAAACAGGCGCCGGCAUCCGGAGUGAAUCAGGCGCUGGACGCGGGGUCAAUAGGUCGGCGGGAGUGGCAGCUACUGCGCCACCUCAGCGCCGAGCACCGACUGGCGGUGGUGCAAAUCUACGGCACGUUCGGCGAGCGCUUCCACGUGCGCCCCCAGCUGCCCCAGGAGGGCGUGGCCUGCCUGCGGCUCAGUGGACCGGAGUCCUUCACUUCUGGCCACGUCACAGUGCACACAUUUUUCCUGGCUGUCAUUGCGAUCAGCGGUGGCGGUGGCGGUGGCGGUGGCGACGAGCACGCCAUCUUCCUGUGGCACCAGGACCUGCCACAUGGACCCACUUUCGAGACUGUCAUCGAGACACAAUGCGGACGCAUCCUGUGGCAAGGACCCGUCCAGUCGCUCCGUCGCAGCUGGCCGGAGAUUAGGGCAUCCGGCCAGUUCCUCACCUGCCGCAGCUUGGCUGCCAACUUCGAGGUGACCAUCAACAGCAGGUAGACCUCGCCACCAAGACUGCCCUCAAAGUUUAGUAAUAUGUAGUGUUAAAGCUAAUAAGUUUAAGACCACUACUCCUAGUUAGAGCAAACCCGAACGGAAUGAAAAUAAAAAGUGAAAUGUAUGCUUUGUAAAUUAUAUUUGCAUUUUUUCAACGGCGUGUAUUUAUACGAAAAAUGCAAAACGCAAUUUGGAAAUGUGUUUAAUUUGCAAUAUUUUUAAUUAAUAAAAACAUUUAGAAAUGUGCUGGCCUGGCAGUUUGAAAAUCGUGGCAGGUGAA